GCCAUAAUUCCAUUACGGUAUCUCGUCUUGUCUGAAGAUGGCGUCGGAUUGUACGCUGCGGGCCGCGAUGCUCAAAAAGCUCGGCACGUGAUGUUCCCGCCGGAUGCCCUACUGUUACAAAGCCGCGACGGCAUCUGCGGCCUGAUUGUACGUGAGAUGAAGGGGGGGAGGUAACAGAGGCAGUCGCAUCGGAAGCAGCAUUCAUUUCCAAAGGGGUUCGCUGUCCACCGCCGCCGCUUCGAACGGGCCCCGGGAUUCAGCGGGUCCGAUUUCAUUUGCCGCUGACUCGACCGCCUGAGUCCGGUCCCGUGUCUCGCUCGGCAUUUCAGAAAUUCACACGCCACGCGCUGCGCCGCGACCCGCCAAUCGCGCGAGUACAUGUCGGCCGACGUCCCUUUGAGCUGCCGAAAAAUGUCCAAGAGGACGACCGCCCUCGGCCAUGGUGAUGAGCACGUCAAUGGCCGGCCUUCCUCUCCGGCGACACCAUCCCACUCGCAGCCGCAGUCACAACCGCAAUCUGCCGUCAAGAAGUCUGCAAAAACAAAGACUGUCCCGCAACCACCACCGUCACAACAGGUGCUUGUAAUCUGUAGGAACAAGCAUUGGCGAUACAUCUCGUCCUUCCACGGACCGUGGCUUCAGCUUCCACCCGAGAUCCUCGAGACCAUUGCGAAUGCGAACUAUAAUACCCCAAGGCCGCGUCCAAUUGACCCGGCCGUUUUCUUCGACCUCGUCAAGAUUAGACGUCUCGUCGAUGAUGCUACCAACCUUGCCGUACGCGCCGCCAGCGGCGUGGCCUCCAUCGGCCAGCGCGGCCUUCUGGGUUCUUCUCAUCAUGCGGCCGCAUUAGGCCUUGGUUUCGGCGGCCGUCCGCCGCCACAGACGAAGCUAAGCCCCGAGAGAAAACACAGGAUGAGGGAGCAGGCAACCCAUAAGCUGAUGGAGGCAUAUCGACUGGAUGAGAUUGCUUGUAGCGUUGCCACCAUGCAGAGCGCCUCCUCGCUCGAAGAGGUAGCAUCUCUGGUACUUCAGCGCAAUUCUCAAGACCCGGAUGCGAAGUACGUCCACUUUUUCCAUGAGAAGAUCCCCAGUCGUCAGCUGGCCGAGUGCACGAGUUUAACUCCGUUAAACGACGUUAUAUCGGCGAAGCCAUCCGACCCAGAGCCCCUGAGGACCCGGGCCACGGUCCGCGUCUUCAAGGGCGACUAUGAGGGUGCCGUUGAUGACCUGACUGAGGCCCUUAAGCUGUAUCGCUUGUACAGGCCGGCCCAUUCGUCGCCAAAGUUGCCGCAGGAAACGCAGCUCCUGGAGAGGCAAUCACACGGCACUGGCCGACGGCAGGAGGACGUCAUAUUAAAGGAGGAAGAUCGGCCAAGUAGCCUGGAGAUGCAGUUGGUUUUCCAAAGAGCUGGCGUCUAUUUGACCAUUGCCUGCCGCCAUGUAGCGGCUGGCCUGCAGGCGGUCCCGGCCCCAAAUAACUGGCAUUCGAACGGUGGCGCCGAGAUCGACGAUGCGACACAGCAGUCUCAAUUGGAACCUUUGCCGGCAGGAAAGGAAGCCCGACGGGAAAUGGCCGAAGCAAGGAAGCUUGUCAGACAGAACGCGAAGCGGGCGUUGCGUGAUUACACCGCCUUUCUCUCACAUUUUGAAUAUUCGCCGGACCUGCCCAUCGAGAUUGCCGAGGACUUCACCCGCAAGGUAAAUUCCGCAGUGAACGGCGGCAGGACACCACGCUCUCACAGCUACCCCCUGGGGCCGCGCUCGCCCGUGGUUGGCGAGAGCGAAGAACUGAUGGUGUCUCACCGCACUUAUGCGCUAUCAGAUCUUUUCAGCUCCUCCCUACCCAGCGGGCUACCCCCUUAUCCUAGCACGGAAGUGGUUCGGGCAUCGCACCUGUCGCCCUCGGUCGGGCCAGUGCAGACCACGACGGAAACCCUGACAUGUCACCCCCUCUUGACUGACGCUCUCCACGCUCUUCUGCUAUGCCACGCUCUGAUCCAGACCUCAGCCAAGGAGCUGCUCCGCCACGCUUACAUGGUGGCCCGUCUCGCACGUCUCGCCGACGGCUACCCGGUGUUUCAGUCUAGCAGAUGCCCCGCGCGGGCCGACUGGAUUGAGGUGCUACGAGCGAGCGGCAACUGGAUCCAGUUGACGGGAUCGUGGGAGGACCUCUGCGCACCGGCACCUCUACCCCUUUUCCAGUCCACCGGAAACGGUGCGACGCCAGUUCCCGUCUCCCUUCCGCCGCUUAAACAACCCAAGGUUCUCCCUGCUCCCAAACAUGACAGCGCAGCCAGCAGCCCCGACUUUCCAGCCGCAGCAGUAGGUGCAGCUGGCAAGGAGCUCAAAGACCGCAUCCGCCAGCAAGCCGUCCUCGACGCCCUCGCCGACGACCGCGAGACGGACGAAUCCUCUCUCCGAGUAGCCAUUCGAGCCCGCCAAUUGCGUGCCGAGCACGAUUACCGUCUCGACAACGCCGUCGCCGCCCUCGACGCGAAGCUCAUGCGCGAUGAGCUAACUUCGCGUACAGACCCCACCGCAGCCGCCGACGACAGCCGGAUGUCCAUUCCCUCCCCCGACAACGCCGCCCGGGCGCCUCCAGCUCCAGCUCCAGCUGUCAGCGCCAACGGAAUCAGCACCAGCACCUCCGCCAAGGCCAACAACAGCAACAAUCCACCCGCAACAUCUUCAGGAGCAGCUCCAGUUCCAGCUCCAGGAUUAGGGCCCAAGAUAGCGACAGCGAAGGGACAAGUGAAUGUCUUGGACGAGGGCAGGGACUUUCCCGUCCCGUCCACCGAGCGGGCGAACGCCAUAGCGCGCUGGGUCAUGGAAGCGCCCCCACCGAGCGCCGACGCCGGUUCUGCUGGGGAUGGUGGUGUGCGCAGGCGGCGGAAAAAACCUGCUAUGAAGACGGCGGCUGGUGGCACGACUGGUGGUUUGUUGGCGGAGGCCGUUGGUUCUGGCUCAGGAGGGGUGGAGAAGGAGGGCGAAGCGGAGGCGGGAGAGCAAGUUUGA